AUGGGCCUGUGUCUCCCUUCCGGCUCGGGUCGGCCAGUGGCCCUUGGGAUCCCCGGGGAGGCAGGUCAGGAUCGCAGUGAAGCCACUUUGAUAAAGAGAUUCAAAGGCGAAGGCGUCCGAUACAAGGCCAAGCUGAUUGGCAUUGAUGAGGUUUCUGCCGCCCGGGGAGACAAGUUAUGUCAAGAUUCCAUGAUGAAGCUCAAGGGAGUUGUCGCUGGAGCCCGUUCCAAAGGAGAACACAAACAGAAAAUCUUUUUAACCAUCUCCUUUGGAGGAAUCAAAAUCUUUGAUGAAAAGACAGGAGCACUCCAACAUCACCAUGCUGUGCACGAAAUUUCCUACAUCGCAAAAGAUAUCACAGACCACCGAGCCUUUGGAUAUGUCUGUGGGAAAGAAGGAAACCACAGAUUUGUGGCCAUCAAAACAGCCCAGGCAGCAGAACCCGUGAUCCUGGACCUGCGUGAUCUCUUUCAGCUCAUUUAUGAAUUGAAACAGAGAGAAGAGCUGGAGAAGAAGGCACAGAAGGAUAAACAGUGCGAACAGGCAGUGUACCAGACAAUUUUGGAGGAGGAUGUAGAAGAUCCCGUGUACCAGUACAUUGUGUUUGAGGCUGGACAUGAGCCAAUCCGUGAGCCUGAAACAGAAGAGAACAUUUACCAGGUAUCGAACUACUUGCCAUCUUACUUACCAUUGCUGCAGAGCCCAGACUUCAAGAACUUGGAGUCCUGUGGGGAAGGGAAUGGUCACUCCUUUGAUGACUUUGAGGAGCGCUUUGCAGCAGCCAUACCGAACCGAAACUCACUGGUGGACUUUGACGAGUGUUACAGGGUCGAAAAUCAGGCUGUGACCCAGUUAGAGCUUUUUGGGGACAUGUCUACCCCUCCAGAUAUAACCUCUCCCCCAACUCCUGCCACUCCAGGUGAUGCCUUUAUCCCGUCUUCAUCUCAGACACUCCCCUCUAGUGCAGAACUGUUUGGUCCUGUACCUUUCAGCAGUACUGCUGUACCCUCAGGUUACGUUGCCAUGGGCGCUGUCCUUCCCUCCUUCUGGGGGCAGCAGCCCCUUGUUCAACAGCAAAUCGCCAUGGGUGCUCCGCCGCCAGUGGCUCAGGUGAUGCCAGGGGGUCAGCCAAUAGCAUGGGGCCAGCCAGGCAUCUUCCCUGCCCCCCAGCAGCCAUGGCCAUCUGUAGCUGGUCAGUUCCCGCCCACCGCCUUCAUGCCAACACAGACUGUGAUGCCUUUACCGGCUGCCAUGUUUCAAGGUGCCCUCGCUCCCCUCGCCGCCAUCCCUACCACCAGCGAUUCCACCCGAUCGAGUCCCCAGACAGACAGGCCCCGGCAGAAAAUGGGAAAAGAAAUGUUCAAAGAUUUCCAGAUGGUCCCACCUCCCCCGGUGCCCUCCCGGAAACCUGACCAGCCUUCCCUCAGUUGUACCUCAGAGGCCUUCUCCAGUUACUUCAACAAAGUCGGGGUGGCGCAGGAUACAGAUGACUGUGAUGACUUUGACAUCUCACAACUGAACUUGACCCCUGUGACUUCAACAACACCAUCGACCAACUCACCUCCAACCCCAGCACCCAGGCAAAGUUCUCCAUCUAAAUCAUCAGCAUCCCAUGCAUCCCAUGCCAGUGACCCCACUACGGACGACAUCUUUGAAGAGGGCUUUGAAAGCCCCAGCAAAAGUGAAGAACAAGAAGCUCCUGAUGGGUCUCAGGCCUCAUCCAGCAGUGAUCCAUUUGGUGAGCCCAGUGGUGGGGACCCCAGUGGUGAUAAUAUAAGUCCAGAGGUCGGUAGCUAG